AUGUCUGAGUAUAUUAAUAAUUGCUUUUGUUGUGGCUAUUAUCUAGUGCGACGAUAUAAACGACUAGUCAAUGAUAUAUUUCCACAGAAUCCACUACAUGGUCUUGAUAGAAAUAAUCUUGAACGUUUACGAUUCUAUGCUGUUAGAAAACCAGAAAAACUCGAUAAAGCAUUUCGAUAUUUGUGUGAGAAAAUAUCACGCUAUUUAAAUAAUCGAAAUCGACCAUAUGUAAUACUUGGCAUUACAGCAAUGGAUGACAUAGUGAAAUCAUGUUAUCAACUAUUGAAUAUAUUUGUUGAUGAUUAUUUAGAAACAUUACGUCUCGUACUUGAAGAAAGAGAUGAUUUAGAAUUAAUAGAACAUGCUGUUGCUUCGUUUGAGUCAUUUUGUGAAAUACGCGAAGAAGCACCAAAUUAUCAAAGAAAUUAUCAAUUUUUCGUCCAUCGUUUCACCGCACUUUGUUACUAUCAUGAUGAAAUGGAUAAAAACAAAUUACGAUGCCUUGGUCUUCGUGGGCAUCACGCACUUUUUCGAAAAACAGCCAAUGAUGAAUUACAAAAUGACGCUUGGAAAUAUAUGGAUCAAAUCGUGCCAUCGAUUAUAUUUAAUAUGGAAGUGGCAGAACAAAAUCAAUCACAAGAAGCAACAACAACAACAGUAUCACCGGCCAAUGUGAUUAUAAAAAAUGAACAAAUGACUAACGAGGAGACAUCGACUUUGGCUGAUAUAAUCUUUCGAGACAUCUUUAAUCGUGCACACAGUAAUACGAAUAUAUCCAUAUGUGUUCAAUUGAUUCUUGUUCAUUUAGACAAAAACGCAAAAUGGAUUCCUGGAACAACAAUAUUUACUGGAAUGUCAAAUCUUUUAAAUUUUCUAAAGAAAUCUUUUCGAAUCGAACUUCAGCGCUCUAAAGGAUCGCCAAAGUAUCCCGAUGAACAUAAAUUUCAAGCUGCAGUUAUCAGUGGAAUAGAUGAUUUCGCCGAAAAUUUACCCGACUUUCAAAUGAUGGAAAUAAUACAAUGUAUUGCCUCGUCCUUGCCAACACUGUAUCAAAAUACGGAAGAACAUGCAAGCGAGUUCAAUUCAAACUUUAGACUUCAAUUACUUCUACUUAAAACAAUACAAAAAAUUACAACACAGUAUCAAUCGGAAAAAUCUUCCGAAGCAAUAUCAACUCUAACAACAUUUCCUCAUCAAUUAUUUGAUCCAUUAAUUAAAUUAAUAAGUUCGCCUGAAGUAGAAUUUCGAUUACUUGCACUCGAAAUUAUUCAGCUACUUGUUGACCGAUGGCAUUAUGCUGAUAGAUUAUCGAAAAUCAGAAUAUUUCAAGAUAUUUCUCAGCUUGGUCUACCUACUGGCACAAAGCGAAGUCGUCUUUCUGAUAUUCCUUUUAUGAAAAAAUUCGGCCAUCAAUUUCGUUCUCAACUUUACAAAUGCAUAUUAUUCGAGAAUAAUACAAAGAAGAUUUUCUAUGCUAUCUAUUGUCUGAUGAAUAUUGUGACACUUGAAGCCAAUGAUCCAGAUGUGCUGGUCGAUGUAAUUCAUUUCUGUUUUGAAAUUCAAUCAGUAAUAAUAAAAAUGAUGGAUGAAGAUCAACGAAAAUUACCUAAAACUAAUUAUUAUGGUAUACACGCAUUGAUUGCUGCGUAUUUUAAUUUAAUGUCAAAAUUAUACGAUAUCAAUCAGUUUUCUGAUCAUGUCGACCAAGUAAGUGAAGACAUUGCAUUCGAACAGAUUAGCGGUUGCAGGGAGGAAAGUUUCGUAUUAUGUACAAUUUGUUUGAUUUCUAUCUAA